AUGUUCGUAGUUUUGGGCACCAUCAUCAUAGGAUUCCUAAUAACUGUAUAUCUCAUAGUAUUCACAACAUUUUGGUGGCUGGCAGUUCUAUACCUCUUUUGGAUCUACGUGAUAGACAAAGACGUUAGUGAACGGGGUGGGAGGCCAAUCAAAUGGUUACAGUCUUGGCAGUUGUGGAAAUAUACGAGAGAUUAUUUCCCUUUACGUUUCGAGAAAUUACCUGGAGUGGAAUUGGACCCCAAGAGGAACUACUUGUUCUGCAUUUAUCCUCACGGUGCAAUGUGCGCUGGAGCAUUCAAUGCCUUCGCCACUGAAUGGGGAGGUUUUAAGCAUUAUUUCCCACACCACGUUCCUCAUGGUGUGACCAUGUCACCACAUUACGUCAUGCCGGUUUUUAGAGAGCUAGCUCUAUCUUUGGGAGGUAUAUCCGCCUCGGCUAAAUCGAUAGAUUACGUCCUGGGACUUCCUGGAGGUGGUCAUGUUUGUGCUUUGAUAGCAGGUGGAGUAGCUGAAACACUGUACAGUAAGCCGGGACGUUACACGAUCUUCUUGAAAAAGAGGAGGGGUUUUGUGCGGUUGGCUUUGAAGAAUGGAACGUCAUUGGUGCCUGUGGUGUCGUUCGGCGAAGUAGAUCUGUUUGAGGAGCUGCAAGGAUCAUGGGUGACAUAUCUACAGGAAUUGUCUAGGAAAUGGUUCGGAGUGACGCUGCCUCUAUACACUGGAAGGGGCUUCUUUCAGUAUUCCUUUGGGAUGAUGCCUCAUAGAAGGAAAGUUACCACCGUAGUUGGUUUUCCAAUAGAAAUACCAAAAGUAGAAGAUCCAACUAGAGAGCAGGUGGAUCACUACCACGCAGAGUUCGUGAAGAAGUUAACGGACAUGUUUGAGGAGCAGAAAUACAACUACUUGGAGAAACCUGAAGAGAAACAUCUGGAAAUAGUAUGAUGAAAUUCGUUAUGUCAUAAUUCUCAUAUUUUAUAUCAAAGCCCUUUUAUCUUUUAUUCAUGAUUUCGGA